AUGCCCAAAAACAGCAAGGCCGUCAAGAGAGAGCUUGACGACGAUGUCACAGAGUCUGUCAAAGACCUGCUUUCCAACGAGGACGCCUGCGACGAUUCCUUCAAGAAGAGCUCGCUGAUUGUCAACAGCCAAGAAGGGGAAGGGAAGGAGUGCGAUGUGGAGGAAGGGGGCUCGGACAGUGAGGAAGAGGAGCGCCCGGCCUGGAACAGCAAGCUCCAGUACAUCCUGGCCCAGGUUGGCUUUUCUGUAGGCCUGGGAAAUGUCUGGAGGUUCCCCUACCUGUGUCAGAAGAAUGGAGGGGGAGCGUACCUGGUGCCCUAUCUGAUCCUGCUGGUACUGAUUGGCAUCCCACUGUUCUUCCUGGAGCUGGCAGUGGGGCAGCGGAUCCGCAGGGGCAGCAUAGGGGUCUGGAACUACAUCAGCCCCCGGCUGGGGGGCAUUGGCUUUGCCAGCUGUAUUGUGUGUUUCUUUGUGGCACUUUACUACAAUGUCAUCAUCAGUUGGAGUCUCUUUUACUUCUCCCAGUCCUUCCAACAACCUCUGCCUUGGCAUGAGUGUCCGCUUGUCAAGAACAAGACCAGUACAUAUGUGGUGCCAGAGUGUGAGAAAAGCUCAGCCACCACGUACUACUGGUACCGUGAUGCCCUGGAUAUCUCAGACAGCAUCUCUGAGGGCGGAGGGCUGAACUGGAAGAUGACGCUGUGCCUGCUGGCCGCCUGGUCCAUGGUCUGUCUCGCCAUGAUUAAGGGAAUCCAGUCUUCUGGCAAAGUGAUGUACUUCAGCUCCCUGUUCCCAUACGUCGUGCUGAUUUGCUUCCUGGCCAGAGCUCUGCUCCUGAAGGGCUCCGUGGACGGGAUCCGGCACAUGUUCACCCCAAAGCUGGAAAUCAUGCUGGAGGCCAAAGUGUGGCGGGAAGCAGCCACGCAGGUCUUCUUCGCUCUGGGUCUGGGCUUCGGCGGCGUCAUUGCCUUUUCCAGCUACAACAAGCGAGACAACAACUGCCACUUUGACGCCGUCUUGGUGUCGUUCAUCAACUUCUUCACCUCCGUGCUGGCCACCCUGGUGGUGUUUGCCGUGCUUGGCUUCAAAGCCAACAUCAUGAACGACAAAUGCGUUGCUCUGAACACCAACAAAAUUGUGGCGUUGCUGGGAAACGGCAUUGAGGCCACGCUUAUCCCCCAUCACAUUAACCUGACUCAGGUCAGUCAGGUGACUGCUGACGACUACCAUCAGAUGAUCGACAUCAUCAAGGGUGUGAAGGAGAACGAGUUCCAGAGACUGGGGCUGGAGUCCUGCAGCAUCGAAGAUGAGCUGAACAAGGCGGUCCAGGGCACGGGCUUGGCCUUCAUCGCCUUCACAGAGGCCAUGACCCACUUCCCGGCGUCGCCGUUCUGGUCUGUCAUGUUUUUCCUCAUGCUGGUUAACCUGGGACUCGGCAGCAUGUUUGGCACCAUUGAGGGAAUCCUGACUCCUCUGAUUGAUGCGUUCAAAGUACGCAAGGAGUUCCUGACAGUGGGAUGCUGCGUGCUGGCCUUCUCCAUCGGUCUCCUGUUUGUCCAGCGCUCAGGGAACUACUUUGUGACCAUGUUCGACGAUUACUCCGCCACUUUGCCUCUGCUCAUCGUCGUUGUGCUGGAGAACAUCGCCAUCGCUUGGGUCUACGGGAUUGACAAAUUCUUUGAGGACCUGAAGGACAUGCUGGGAUUCGCUCCGUACCGCUUCUACUAUUACAUGUGGAAGUUCAUCACGCCCAUCUUGCUGCUGGUGCUCCUGUGCUCCAGCUUCAUCCAGCUGAUCAUGACGCCGCCCAGCUACAACGCCUGGAUCCAGGAAGAGGCUGUAGAGAAGACCCUGCGCUUUCCCCCAUGGGGCAUUGGGGUCUGCAUCUCCCUGGUGGUGAUGGCCAUCAUGCCCGUGCCCGUCGUCUUCUGCCUGCGCUACUUCAACAUCGUGGAGGAGGGCAGUGGCGGCCUCGCCGCCGUCUCCUACAAGAAGGGCCGCAUCAUCAAGGAGAGCAGCCGGCCAGAGGAGGACGACGACGCCAGCCUGAUCCACGGCAAGUCUCCCAGCGAGGCGCCAUCGCCGAUGCCAGGGAACAGCAUCUACCGCAAGCAGAGCGGCGGCGGUGGCACGGAGGGAGACACCGCGCCCAACGGCCGCUACGGCAUCGGGUACCUGAUGGCCAGCACGCCUGACAUGCCCGAGUCGGACUUAUAGACCUGCUGUGGUUGUAAGUCAGCUGCCCCCCACCCCCUCCACCCCAGCGUUAGUCAGCGUCUCAUCAUUGAAUAUUCUGUUUUGCACUGUGUAUCUCUGUAGAUGUAGGAGCUGCUCUGUAUUUGUCCACUCUGAACCUUUGUGGAUGUUUAUCAUAAGGUUGCAAAACCUUCAGUUUUGGGAUGAAGCACCAACCACCUGCCAGGCUCCACCCACUCUGUAGCCCCUCCUCCUCUGGGAUGAAGCAGAGGAGUUUGUGACGCAGACGUCAGAGCGUGUUCACCCUGCAGUGAGCCAGACGCCGCCCACACUCGCCGUGUUUGUCCUGGCUCCGAGAAAACACGCUGGCCUUUGAUUUCCACUCCCAUGAUUGUUCCAGACAAAAGCGUGCCUAAGUCAUUUAUAUUUGUUUAUAGAAUACACUGCUGAUGUAUAUUUGAAGUGUUCUGUAAAUACAAUCCUCAUGUGAUGAGCCUGGUGGUCUGGGUUUCAGAGCAGUGUUUUAAGGUUCAGAAGUGCUUCAAAUCCUAAAGUGGCGUCAUCUUGUUCGUUUUGUUUUUUACUAAUGUGCUGUCAAAGCUGAAGGACUGAGUCCUUCUUGUAAAUAACUUUUUCCAUGAAAUGGCUUCAAAUGCAAUGUCUUUUUCCCUAAUGAAGAUUAAAGAUCACCUCAGUCAACA